AUGCGAGAGUUCAGUACUCAGUGUUGUCAACGCAAACGAAUCCGUGCAACACUUUUCGCGACGUGGGAGCUCAUGACAUUGAGUCUGGUUUUGGUAGACACCGUGCUGACUCCAUUGACACUGGCUUGGCCAAGCAGCAGAAGGACACCGUUCCGAUCCACAACAUUUUUCCAGGCGAGUCCGUGGAUCUGGAGCCUUGAUAUUCUGAUGAGCUUUGCCCCUGCCAUCCUAGCCAGCUCGUACUCCCAGAAGCUCCUGCUCGCAAAGAAAUACUUGGGCUCAGCAUUCCCACUUGACGUGUGCUUACUGUCGGUGGAUAUCCUGGUCUUGUUCGGAAUCCAGGACGAGGGACUGAGAUUGCUGGUAUUGCUCCGGCUGGUACGUUUCCUGAAAAUGCAGAGGGUCAUCACUACCUUUGAGUACAAGCUGGCAGAACGUGGGAGUACCAAAGUGGUGUCAUGCCUUGUUAUUCUGCAGUGUAUUGCCACUAUCCUCAUUGUGAACCACAUCUUGGCGUGCUUGUUGUUCUAUGUUGGGCAUCUUGGAAAAAUCUCGAACCGGAAGAACUGGAUCGAGUUUUACGAAGUUCUGGAGCAGACGCAAUAUUCCCAGUAUAUGACAUGCUUCAAUUGGGUUAUUGCAGAAUACACUCCAGCCCCCUUUCCAUAUAAACCUCAAAACGAAAUGGAACAGACCUUCAUUAUCGUGAUCAUCCUGACAUGCUUGCCUUUGCUCGGUUCUCAAAUAGGAAAGAUCAGUGGUACCUUGAACUUGAUGAAGGAAAAGGCACGUGAACGAGAUAUGGUGAGAAGAGAGCUGCGGAGAUGGCUUCAGAAACGAGAAGCACCGGGGCGACUAAUGAGGCGCAUGCUCGCUUCCUUGGACAACGUCCUUGCCUCCAGGGAAUCGCCAUUGGAGAUCAAGGAACCUAUGGCUCUCAAGUUUCUUCCGCACAGCUUGUUAGAAGAACUGCGGAUCGUGAAGAUGAGCCAAAAGUUGGGAAUGCACCCAUUACUGCACAUGCUGAUGGAC